CAGGCGGUUGCAGAGCCUAGCUCAGUCGCUGCUGGACCGCCACCGCCUAGGGGGGGGGACAUGAACCCAGGACGCGAGCCCGGGGCACCCCGGACACCCUUCCGCAUCGCAGACAUCCUCGGCCCACGUACGGUCCCCCGAGCGCCCUUUGCACCGCAGCUUGCAGGGUCGGGCGCGAGCCCCAAGUCGCCGCUGUGCGCGCUGGAGGAGCUGACCAGUAACACUUUCCGCGGACCCGACGGGCGCGCUCCGCAGCCCUCGCAAGGCCGCGCUGCUCCGGAUGCGCUGGGCUCCGGCCCCGCCGGCCGCAGACGUCGCAAGUCCCGGACGGCUUUCACGGCGCAGCAGGUGCUGGAGCUGGAGCGGCGCUUCGUCUUCCAGAAGUACUUGGCGCCGUCGGAGCGCGAGGGGCUGGCGGCGCGGCUCGGCCUGGCCAACGCGCAGGUCGUCACUUGGUUCCAGAACAGGCGCGCCAAGCUCAAGCGCGACGUGGAGGAGCUGCGUGCUGACGUGGCCUCGCUGCGCGCACUGUCGCCGGGAGUCCUGUGCCGCCUAGCACUGCCCGAUGGCGAUCCGGGUUCCGACCCCGGCCCGGGCCCCGGCCCCGGCCCCCGGCCCUGCUCUGCUGUUUCUGAUUCGAGGCCCCACCUGUCAGACGAGGAGAUCCAGGUGGAUGACUGAAGGCAAAGCUGCUGCUAGACCGCUCACCUCUGAGCCUGCCCCUUGUCCGGGAGGAGGGAGGCGGCUCCCCACAGCCCCUUCCGGCCCGCAGGGCAGACACCCAC